GUUUCGGUUUAAGUUUGAAUAAAACUGGCUGUUUGAUUUGACCUCAAGGUCUCUGUUUGGUAACGGCGAUGGAGACUUGUUCUUGUACCUUUUUUUUUUGGUCGUCUUAACACUACGGUCAGAGUGCAGAGAGAGAUCAGUGCAAAGCAGAAACCAAUAAAUGCCCGUGGAUUAAACACUUGCACAAACACAAGUGGAUAAAUGCAAAAAUCCAAAGUUUUUAGAGCCUUUCAAGAAGCACUAGGGUGACAUGACUGACAUGUGUUUCAUGGGGACCUGAGACAAUAACACAAUUUUUGUGCCAUGAAAUGCACUUUGGAAGAACUGAAUUAAGGGUUUUCUUUUUCCACGACCAAAAAAGCUCGAAGAACUCAGCGCCUCCCGUGACGCCUCAGGCGGGCGGUCGCUCUAGACGCGGCACGUGCUUCGCCGUCACGCCCCUCCGGAGGAGCCGUUCCCUUCGGCCAGUGACGUCAGCGCGGCCGUCCUCGUGAACGCCCGCACGCGCCCUGGCCGAGCGUCCGCGCCGCCGGCUCCCGGGCAAGCGCGGCCGGGCGGGAGGGAGGAUCAUGGUGCACUGGGCCGCCGCCUUCGCGUGCUCCCGCUCGCUCGUGCUGGAGCUCGGCCGCACCCGGAACCUCUCGCUGGAGCUGUGCGGCCCCGACGAGCAGUGCUCGCUGUGCGGCUUCGCCCUCGGCUUCCCGCUGCACGACUACGGCGCCUUCAUGGCGGCGCUCGGCUCCGACUCCUGGUGGCGGAGGACGCUGUACCUGAGCGGGGGCGCGCUGCUCGCCGCCGCCGCCUACCUCCUGCACGAGCUGCUCGUGAUCAGGAAGCAGCAGGAUCUGGACUCCACAGAUGUCAUCAUUCUGCACCAGUUCUCCAGGCCCUGCACCUCAGCCCCCAGCCUGUCGCCUUUCUGCCUGAUGCUGGAGACGUACCUGCGCAUGGGAGACCUCCCUUACCAGAACUACUUUGAUGGGAAGCUGUCUCCGCAGGGUAAAAUGCCCUGGAUAGAGUACAACCAAGAGCAGGUGUCUGGCAUAGAGUUCAUCCUGGAGUUCCUGGAAGAACAGCUAGGUGUCAACCUCAACAGGAGCCUGACCCCGCAGGAGAGAGCCGUGUCCCAUGCCAUCACCAAGCUGGUGGAAGAGCACUUCUACUGGACCAUGGCGUACUGCCAGUGGGUGGACAACCUGGAGGAGACCCGGAAGAUGCUGCCUGUGAGCGGACCUUUCAGUUCUCUGAUCAAGUGGAUGCUGAGCCACCUGACCAGCGGCAUUGUGAAGCGGGAGAUGUACGGCCAUGGAAUCGGACGCUACCCUAAGGAGGAGGUGUACGCCCUCAUGGAGAAGGACAUGCGUACUUUGGCCACGUUGUUAGGGGAUAAGAAGUACAUCAUGGGGCCGAAGUUGUCAUCAGUGGAUGCCACCGUCUUUGGCCACCUGGCCCUGGCCAUGUGGACGCUGCCUGGCACACGGCCCGAACAGCUAAUCAAAAGUGAGCUCAUAAACCUGGCCAUGUACUGCGACAGGAUGCGACGCAAGUUCUGGCCCGAAUGGGUCGUGGAUUUCAGUGACUUUGAGUACAGCGAGGGCGGCGCAUCAAGCGACACCCCCUCCCUCCUGCCGGACUGCGACUCGUACUCAGGCACAGAGACCUCAGAGGAAGAGCUGACCAACUGCACCCUCUCUUGCUCACACACGACCGAUACGGAGGGCAGCAGUGGGUCCCUCUUUGACUCAGAGUUGGAGAUGGAGGCAUCCGAGGUGGAGCAGCUCAAGCUUUAAACAGACAGCCACACACAGGAGUGUGAGACAAAAAGCACCAGCUAUGAGCAGGAUGCAGAAGGACAUCAUCACUGCGUGACCCAGCUGAGCAGGGUCAGAGAUCUGGGGCAUGAUGGGUAUUGUUGCUCAGAGUCCUUCUAACAGGAUGGAACUGAUAGCUUUUUAACAUACAAUGAAACACUGCAGUUCAGCUGUCUCUUCCUUUAGCAUUAGCAGGUGAACAACAACAAUAUAAUCAUAACAGAUAUAGUAAGAAAGGUCAAUACAUACAUGUACAUAACUGGAAGGCCAUAAGCUACAGUAACUAGUAAAGCCCUGUAUAAGAUUAUGCAAAAAGUAAAUCAAAGUCCAUUCAACUGAUGCUACAGUUCUAGUACACACACACACGUUGGCUGAGGCCGCUUGUCCCAAGCAGGGUCGCAGCGAGCCAGAGC